AUGAAAGAUCCAGACAAAGGAUCCUACGCCAGCUCAAUUGAGAUUGCCGAAAGCCUUACACAAGCAUCCGACAAAGCACCAAAGCAUGAGCUUCAUCGUGGCUUAAAGGCACGCCACAUUCAAAUGAUUGCCCUUGGUGGCACAAUCGGUACCGGCUUAUUCAUGGCUUCUGGUAAAGCUAUUUCUGAAGGUGGUCCUGGUGGUGCCCUGGUGGCCUAUGGUAUUCUCGGUAUUCUCGUAUUCUCAGUCAUGAUGAGCCUCGGCGAGAUGGCAGCAUACAUCCCAGUCGCUGGCAGCUUUUCACACUUCGCAACACGAUUCGCUGAUCCAUCUCUUGGCUUUUGCGUUGGAUGGGUCUAUUGGGCCAAUUGGGCUGUUGGUGUCGCUGUCGAGUUAACCGGUGUCGCUAUGAUUAUGGAAUUUUGGAUUACAUCAGUCAACAGCGUCGUAUGGAGUGUUAUUUGCCUUGUCAUCCUUGUUGCCAUCAACGUCUUUUCCGUCAAAGGCUAUGGUGAAGUUGAAUACUGGAUCUCGUUUAUCAAGAUUAUCGUCGUCAUUGCCUUUUUCAUCAUCGGUCUUUGUGUCGAUACGGGUGCACUAGGCGGCGACUAUAUCGGCACUCGCAACUUCCAUCUCGAAGGCGGUGCAUUCCCUAACGGCUUUUUGGGCGUUUUCAACGUGUUCCUUACAGCUGCCUUUUCAUUCAACGGUAUCGAAAUUGUUGGUAUCACUGCUGGUGAAUCCGCCAACCCCCACAAAACAGUGCCUUCAGCCGUCAAGCAAGUCUUUGUUCGUAUUGUGUUAUUCUACAUCCUGUCAAUCCUCAUCAUUGGCUUGUGUAUUCCUUACACCGAUGAAAACUUGCUCAAGGGCUCUGAUGAUGUCUCUGUCAGUCCUUUCACGCUUGUCUUUAGAAUGGCUGGUGCUGAAGCUGCAGGAUCCAUUAUGAACGCUGUUAUCUUGGUUACCAUGAUUAGUGCUGGUAACAGUGGUGUGUAUUCCUCAAGUCGUACGCUUUUGUCAUUAGCCGAGAAUGGCAAUGCACCGAAAUUUUUUGCUCGUAUCAACCGCUUUGGUAUUCCCAUUUGGUCUGUGCUCGCCACUUGUGCCGUGGGUUGCCUUGCUUUUCUCACGAGUUUAUUUGGCUCCGGUAUUGUCUUCACUUGGCUCACCAAUCUCACCUCGGUUGCCGGUCUUAUUACUUGGGUCAUCAUUUGCAUUACACACAUUCGUUUCCGCCUCGGCCUUCGUAAACAACAACGUUCACUCAAGGCACUUCCUUAUGUCGCACCCUUUUUCCCUAUCCCGGACAUCUUUGUCAUUGUUAUCGGUACCAUUAUCAUCUUUGGUCAAGGCUAUCAAACAUUUGAAGCACCUAUCGAUGGCAAGAAUGUGGUCGCUGCAUACAUUGGCUUGAUCUUUGCAGUCGUCCUUUACGUUGGUCACAAGAUUGUUCUCCGGCAACCGGUUGUCAAGUCAAUGGAUAUGGACUUUGACACUGGUACCAUCCCACUUGAUGAAUCCAAGGCUAUUGAUGAAGCCAUUGCUCAGCUCCCCCGGUGGAAGCGAUACCUUCGGAAGUUUAUCAACAUUAUCGCAUAA